UCAAUAUUCACAUCAUAUCUAAUCAAGGAGAGCAUGCUAUAAAUUGUUAGAGUUGGUGCGAAUAGAAUUUAGAAUGGAACAUCUGGAUACAGGAAUGGCCAAAAUAGCGAUUUGUAUGAAGAAGAAAAAGUUUUUCGGAUUGUUUUGCUUUGUAUGUUUAGUUGCGUUAGUUAUAGUUUGCAUUAUAACUGGACAUCAGACAACAUUUUAUUAUCUCCGAUCAUACCUCCAGGUUGUUGGAAGUUUUUAUGUUGAUAGUUCUACACUUAGUUCAAAUUCCAGUAAGAAUAUUCCAACAAUAUUUAUUCUUUGGUAUGCUAAGCAAGGAUAUUUUAGUGGAAAUGUAAAUUUGACUGGAUGUAGAUUCUCAAACUGUAUUCUAACAGAAGAUAAGACAGUUCUUAAUAAGAGUGCAGCUGUUUUAUUUGCCUACCGUGAUAUGUGGAACAACGUGCCGUUUAAGAAACAUGGUCAGAUUUGGAUAAUUGUUAAUAUUGAAAGUCCUGCUUACGAUAUGGACUUAAAUCAUAUUUGGGAUAAUAAAUUUGACUGGAGCAUGACAUAUAGACAGGAUGGUGAAAUUUUCUUGAACUACAAAACUUUUAGAAGAACUAUUCCUUUAAAGAAAAACUACAGUGUAAUUUUCAAAAAUAAAACGAAAUUUGUUGCAUGGGCGGUAGGUAAUUGUUAUACACGAUCAAAACGUGAACUGUACGUCAGAAAACUGCAAAAAUAUAUAGAUGUUGAUAUUUAUGGUCAAUGCGGUAAAACACUUUGUCCGAACCGGACCUUGCCUGGCUGCCAUGAAGUGUUAUCGCAAAAGUAUAAAUUUUAUCUUGGAUUUGAAAAUAGUUUGUGCAAAGAUUAUGUUACUGAAAAGAUAUUUCAUACAUUCCUCGAUAACAGUAAUGCUGUAUAUGUGUAUAGAGGUGCUCCGAACGUAAAAUCCAUUUUACCGCCAAAAACGUACAUAGAUGUUAAUGAUUAUGAAAACCCAAAACUUCUUGCGGAAUAUUUAUUAAGACUAGGGUCAAAUGAAAGCGAAUACAUAUCAUACUUGAAAGAAUCAGAUAAAUACCAUAUAGACAAUGAAAACAAUUACUAUAGAAGUUUGUGUGAUUUGUGUGAGUUAUUGAAUACUUAUAAAACAAAAGACUUGAAAUGGACUGGAAAAACUUUUAAUAGUUGGUACCGUCAAAAUGUCUGUGUUUCAUAGAAUGAUAUGGAGAUUUUUUUUAACAAAGCUGACGUUUAAAAACUCGAAUAUUGUUUAAUAAUUUAAACCCAAAUGUCGCGCGCAUACCAUUUGACAAUAAAGAUUGUUAUACUUCACGUCAAAAUGCCAGAUUUUGAUUGGUUAAUACGAGGAAGACAAUUAACUCUAUCCUAUGGCAAAUACUCUAUUACCCUUCACGGAGACGCUUGCUCAAGUGUGUGCUUGAAUAAAUACGGAUGAUUGUUAUGUACAA